AUGGCCAAGAGGAAGAGGGAGAAUGGCGAGAGCGCUGCCGCAGCCAAGGCCUUGAAGAGCAGGAAAAACGAGGUUGCAUCAAAAUUCCAGAAGCUUGCAGUAGAGGAUGCCACUGAAGUGCAGACUGCCGUCACAGAGAAUGGCAAUACGAUUCCAGACACAACAACCAUCCAAGUUAUUACUGGUUCUUACGAAAGAGUUCUUCAUGGUUUUGCAGCGUCUAUCCCAAGUACCCUCCUUACUGGCCAAGACGACGCCUCAGCGCCAGAAUCCGACGCUCCAAAAGUCGACUUUACCGACACUUUUCUCUUCAAUGCCCAUGCGUCCGCCAUUCGCUGCAUGGCGCUCUCUCCCCUUUCGGACGAAACCUCUAAAAUCACACUCGCAACAGGCAGCACAGACGAGCGGAUAAAUUUGUACUCAAUUUCAACGGCACCGCCCUCAAAAAACCGACCUAAACUCCCUUCCCUCAACGACGGUUCUAUCACCGAGAACCCCAAAAACAAGGAACUCGGAUCCCUCCUCCACCACUCCUCUAACAUCACAGCGCUCUACUUCCCCACACGAAGCAAGCUCCUAAGUUCAGCCGAAGACAGCACAAUUGCUAUUACAAGAACACGUGACUGGACCGCCCUCUCCACCAUCAAAGCACCAAUACCCAAGCCCCAAGGCCGACCCAGCGGCGACACCGCAGGCCCUGGAGAAGUCCCCUCGGGUAUCAACGACUUCGCCGUACAUCCCAGCAUGAAACUCAUGCUCAGCGUCGGCAAAGGCGAAAAAUGCAUGCGCCUCUGGAACCUCGUUACCGGCAAAAAAGCCGGCGUCCUAAACUUCGAUCGCACCAUCCUGGGUGCCGUAGGUGAAGGUCGCUUUUCUUCCGGCGAAGCCCGACGCGUACUCUGGGACCCAGAAGGCGAGGAAUUCGCCGUCGGAUUCGACCGUGCCCUCGUCGUUUUCACCAUCGAUUCCAAACCCAAAGCCAAAAUCGCGCCAGAACCCAGAUCGAAAAUUCAUCAGAUAAUGUAUCUGCCCAAGACGAUGCAGAGAGAAAGUAUUCUCCUUGUCUCAACGGAAGACGGCCGCGUACUCGUCUACGACACCAGUAAAACUAUCCCACAACAAGACGACGAGAAAGCAGGGAAACAGAACCAAAAUAUCCCAGACGCCAAACUCCUCGCUCAAAUCGGUGGUCCAGCCGCCGGCCUAACAGGCCGAGUCAAAGAUUUCGAAAUCCUCCCGCUUUCACAGUCCACCUGCGUCAUCGUCACCGCAUGCAGCGACGGCACCGUACGUCUCUGGGCACUUGACACUUCUGAUCUUGACGCCAAAAGCCAACAAGAUGGCGAGUCCAAAAAGGGUUUCUCAGCACCACAAGUUGCAAAACUACUAGCUUCGUAUUCCACAGGCACGCGAAUUACGUGUUUAAAGGCAUUCCCUAUGACGGGUACACCUGAUGACGCCGACGACGACGACGAAGAGGAAGAGGGAAAGAAGCCACAAGAUUCAAGUAGCGAUGAUAGCGAGUAG